AUGGAAGUUCAGCAGUCCGGUAUACCAUCAACCCCAACUGGUAGCCCGAUAUACCGGUCAUGUACCGGUGGCACCCCACUGCGUUGGUGGGCUUCUGAGGCUGAUCCCAGAUCAGUGUCUGGCCUUAUGACUCCCGCGAAAACAGUUUAUCCCAACCUCAAUGCUACCACUAAUAGGUUGUCAUGGGCUGGAAACUUUUUCCCGGGGUUGUACCCGUACCCCACCCAUGGUGUGAUUACCGCCGUUCCCAGUGCAUCUCAGGAUCUACAAGAAGGAUUCGAUUUCCAAUCUCAGGGAUUUGGAAGUCCUUUAAACAAAUAUCUCUAUAUUGUGGUUGGUCUCCUCGUGGCUAUGCUCCUGUGA